AAAAUGGUUCCAAAUUCCUUUCCCACGAGAAAUCUUUUCCUUUCCACAUUUGUUUUUGUCGACUUUGUCUGCUCUCCACAUCCCAGUCUUCAAACUCAAGUUCUUCUCCCCUUUCUCCCCUUCUUUCCCUCUCCUAAACUAACGUCUCAAACCACACUCCCUUUACCUCAAAAGCUCUCUCCUUUUCUUGUUUUUGCGGAAAGAAAAUGAAUCCGGCUGAUAACACUGACCACCCUCAGCUUCCAACUAUCAAGAUCCACCACCCAUCAUCCCCUCACCACCCUACCUCUGCUGCUACCCCCACCCCAACAUCCGGUGCCCGACGUAAGAUCGGGGUAGCCGUCGACCUCUCUGAUGAGUCUGCUUUUGCCGUGCGUUGGGCUGUCCAGAACUACCUCAGACCCGGUGACACCGUCAUCCUUCUCCACGUGUCCCCCACUUCAGUACUCUUUGGAGCUGACUGGGGUCCACUCACUCAAACCCCGCAAAACCCGGAAACCCCACAGUCCCAGAAGCAACUGGAAGACGAUUUCGAUGCCUUCACGGCUUCAAAGGCGGCGGAUUUGGCCAAACCCUUGAAGGAAGCUGGGAUUCACUUCAAGAUUCAUAUAGUCAAAGAUCAUGAUAUGAGGGAAAGAUUGUGUCUUGAGGUGGAGAGGUUGGGGUUGAGUGCUGUUAUAAUGGGGAGUAGAGGGUUUGGAGCUGAGAAAAGAGGGAGUGAUGGGAGGUUGGGAAGUGUUAGUGAUUAUUGCGUGCAUCAUUGUGUUUGUCCUGUCAUUGUUGUUAGGUACCCUGAAGAUAAAGACGGCGGGGAUGCCGCCCCUGUCGUCACUGUUAAGGAGACCGUGGUGGUGGAAAAAGAUGGCAAAGAUGCAUAGCAAAUUCCUGGUAAUUUCAGAUUAUACUAUCAGUACCAGAUAGCAUAGAGAAGGCUCUCAUUCGUGAGGGAUUCACCGGCACGAAGAUACGUCAUUGAAAUGCUUGGUUAAAAGAUGUUGGGUUUUUUCCCCUGCUUUCAUCUCUUCUUUGUAUUAAGUCUAUGUAUUGAUGAUGUUUAUUGUAUGGUUGGUGAGGUUCUUGAUUUCGAUUUUAAUGGUGCUCGAGGCUUUACUGCAAUGUGAGAUACUGUAAGAUGACAUUGGUGUCGAUAUUUGGUUUCGGUUUUAUGAGGUAUUCAUGUUUUCUUUGA